AUGGUUCAUUCUCAUCAUUCCCAUUCGGGUCAAUAUGUGUCGCACGCCGUGGACAGCUUGGAUGACAUUGUUGCAAGGGUCAAGGAUAUGAACUUUGAGGUGUUUUGUCUCACAGAACACGUUCCCCGGUACGAUUAUAAACUGAUGUAUCCCGAAGAGAUAGACAAGGGAUACACUGUUGACUCACUAGUCGAGAAUUUUGAGAAAUACUAUGUGCAUGCGCGACUCAUCCAGAAGGCAGUGAACGCGGACCGCUCUUCCAGACUGAAAAUUCUUGUUGGUUUUGAGACAGAAGGAGGAAUUGACGAGUACCAUCUAAGUAAAUGUUUGCAGUUCAAGCGGGAACUGAGACCCGAUGUGAUUGUCGGUUCUGUCCAUCAUUUGAAAGGGAUUGACCUGGAUUUUAGUCGCGAGAAAUGGCUUGAGGCAAAAGGAGAUCUCACGUUGCAGGCGUUUUUCCUAGCAUAUUUCAAGCAACACCAGGUAAUGGUGAAGACGCUCGAACCAGAGAUUAUUGGACAUUUCGACCUCAUUCGUCUAUUUGCUCUGCCCCACGACAGAUGUGAAGACACCGGGAAAGAGCUCAAAGACAUCAACAUAGAAAGAGACUGGCCUGAGGUCUGGAAGGUGAUUACAGAGACGGUAGAGCUCAUCGUUUCGCAAGGAGGUCUUGUCGAACUGAACACUGCUGCUAUUCGCAAAGGCUGGACGACAUCGUAUCCGAAGGAUGAUCUGUUCCAGCUGAUACGCGAAAAGGGGGGCAGAUUCUGUCUUAGUGACGACUCCCAUGGAGUCAAACAGGUGGGCCUGAAUUAUGAGAAAGCCUUGAAACACCUGCAGAAACUCGGCCUGGAUAAACUGUACUACUUUGAUUUGGACGUUUCUGGCACGCCCUUUGUCAAUAGUCGCACUCUGGAGGACAUUGCAGCUGACCCUUUCUGGAAUAACUACAGCUAA